UAUUACUACAACCAAUAUGGAUAACCGGUUGGAGCUUCUACGCUCCAAUAUCAUGGAUACAGCAGGCGUAGAAGAGAAAGUAGAAGUAAAUCAAAGACAUUUGAUUGACAAGAUCUUGGCAAGAUACUCGGCUGAAUACGUUUUAUACCGAGAACUCAUGCAGAAUGCUGAUGAUGCCUCUUCUUCCUCGAUCCAAAUCCAUUUUCAUAGUAGUACAGCCACAGAUACCUCGAAACCACCUGAUUUAUCAACUAAAUGUGAUAAAAUCGUCUUUAAAAAUAACGGUAUGGCCUUUCGACCUGAAGACUGGCAACGUUUAAAACGUAUUGCUGAAGGAAAUCCAGAUGAACAAAAAAUUGGUGCAUUUGGUGUUGGUUUCUAUUCACUAUUCUCUGUCUGUGAAAACCCAUUUGUGUUUUCAGGUUCUCAAUGCAUGGCAUUUUAUUUUAAAGGGGAUCAAUUGUUUGCCAAAAGAGCAGACGUACCUGAAAAAGAGAUAGAUACAUGGACUUCUUUUUUGAUGGACUUGAGAGAGCCUAUGGAAAUGCCCAAUUUUGAUGAUUUCAGUCGAUUCUUAACCACCAGUAUGGGCUUCACAGCCAACCUAAGACACAUCUCGGUCUAUUUUAACCAACAACAGAUAUUCAGUCUUACAAAACGAGUAGCAGAUCCAAGAGCCAUGAAGAUUGAUGCUCGCAACAUGGUCUUGACAACACCCCAUCGUAUGUUCCAUAUCACAGGUGCAGACAUGCGACAGAUUCAACUGGAUUCUGAGAAAUACACGCCGCCUUCUAUCUUUGCACCCUUUGCGAAUUUCUUGCAUAAGCCAGACAAAAAGGAAAACAGUAAUGGACUGCCUGUUGAAAAGGGCAGUAUUUUCUUGAGAGUCGUUACUGCUGCUUUGCAGGUCAGUGUGAGUCGAGACUAUGAAAAGGAAAUGGAGCGUGCGACCAAAAAGAAACCACCCAAGACAACCAAGUUUCAACUGGUCUAUACAGGCAAAGAAGAAUUAGACGCCUCCGAGAAUCGAAACCAGAUCUUUAAGGACUUGAUUCCAUUUCCUCAUCAGGGUCGUGUGUUUAUUGGGUUUCCUACGCAUCAGACCACAGGCUGUUGUUGUCAUAUGGCUUCACGCUUUAUUCCUACGGUUGAAAGAGAAAGCAUUGAUUUUGCAGAUCGAUAUAUCAGUGUCUGGAACAAGGAGUUGUUGGCUGUUGGUGGUUUGUUGGCAAGAUUGGUCUAUAAUGAUGAAAUGGAACAAAUUGCAAGAUUGUAUCGUGAGUUAGUAGGUCAUUCUGCUGAAGUAGACAAGACCAUAGUCGAGGGAACAGAUAGUGCAAAAACCAUGUUGGAAAAGAGAGCAGCGCAUGCAUUACGAUCCUUUACUUUUCAGCAUUCGACACCAAGUGCUAUUGUGAGCCAAAAGCAUGAAGAAAGGUUCUUUGAGUCCUGUAAGCUGCCUCUUGAGAUCAUGACUUCGCAUGGCAUACAGUCGAUUUCCAAAACAAGAACAGUGCCUGAUAGUACAAGUCUCACAGGCCAUGUCAUUACUGAGCUAUUGGAUACGUUUAUAAAGACCAUUCCUACUGUGACACCCGUAGUGUUUCAAGAAUGUAGAGAGAGUCUGACUAAAUUGACUGGUCUUCAUCUCUUGUCUCCCUUGGGUUUGCAGGAUGUCUUGAAAGAAUUGAACGCUCGAUCACUGAAACCAGAAGAGAUGGUUGCUUGUAUGAAGUGGUGGAUUGAAUGUAAUAAAAGGAAUUCAUCUAUACCCGCCACUAGCAUUCAACCUGAUAUCCGUGCGCAGUUCCUGGAUGCUGCCAUCAUGGAUUGUGGAGAAGAGCAAGGAUUACUACAAUUAUCUCGUACAAAAUGGUGGUUGAAUCCUAAAGUCAUUCCGCUUGAAAUGGCAGUACCUAAUGACACUAUGCCUUUUAGUAUUUCCAAGCACUUUUCAACCUCUGAUUUAGCCAUGUAUUUUGGUGAUAUGCGUGAAUUGACACCUGAAUUAGAGACGUCAAAAGACUUUGCAGAACGUAUCUUGACAGUCGUCUCAAAACAAUACACGGAUAUUACAUGCAUUGCCACUCGGUUUGGCAUGAAGUUACCUCAUGAAGCUUAUUUUGCCUCUGUCAAUUUAUUUGAUGAUCUGCCUAUUGUUGAUUUUGCUCAUCCUCGUCAUAUUCAUGACUUGAAGCAUGUGGAGCUACAAAUGGUUUGGUCGCAUUCGACACUCAGUUCACUUGAGAUCCGCCGUCUGACCGAAACAGCCAUUUUUACAAAAGAAGGAGAAGAGCCUCAGAUGCGAGAAAUCACAAAGCCUACAGGCAAGAUAGAGCAUGGUCAGCCUGUGAUGGAGACAACGUCUCGCAAAGUCUAUAGACGGUAUAGAGCAUCCGAGUUAUUUGCACCCACAGAUACAGCUAGGCAACUUCAAUUGCCCUUGAUUUAUUGGACAAGCAGUCCUCGAUGGCGAUCUUCAAGUGAGGAAGCCAAGUUCUUGGAGAAACUAGGUCUCAACACCAACCCUCCUUUGGCCACAUUGCUCAUCUUGGCUGCUCCAGCUGCUCAGAUGACAUCGGAGCGUAAAGCCAUUCAACACCGAGCUCUUUCCUACUUGAUUGAGCAUCAUCAAGACUACAAAAACGCAUACGAUGUCGACAAAAUACAAAUCAAAUUCUUACCUUGCUCGGACGGCAAGACCUUCGCUACGCCUCGUGAAUGCUUUACCAAUCCUGACGUUCAACUCUUGCAUUUUAAAGUGCUUCAUCAAGACCUGAUUCCUGUGCGUGAUAAACUAGGCGUGCGUGAAAACCCACCCGCGGACGAAUUGAUCAAAGCCUUUUUAGCCACACCUGAACUCAACUCAGAGAAAGCACGUCGAGUGUUUGAAUACAUGGCCAGUCGCAUGGGUGAAUUUUCUCGGUCGCAUUGGCAAGUGCUCUGUCAAUUUGCGUUUAUUCCAGUCCAAGGCAAACUGGUGGAACCCUCUCAGUGUUAUUUUGAGUCGGAAGAGUCGAGCACGAAUUUUCAUAAAGAGUUGUUUGUGUUUGUCAGUUUUGGAUCGUUGGCAAAUUCGUUUCUACGUUCGUGUGGUGUCAAGGAUGAACCUACCACAGUUGAAUUGGCCUCGAUGCUGGUGAAGGACCCCCAGCGUUUCUGGGACCUCAGUAGUGGUGGAGAACGCUAUCUCAAUGUAUUAAGACAGAUUGCAGGACAGUUUUAUCUGAUCAAAUCGAAUCGUUCACUAUUAAACGAUAUGAAGGUAAAACCAUUCUUGGUGGGGAUCAAACGGACGUCUAUUUCAGAACAACAAAAGCAACAAGAAGAAGGAGGCGAGCAACAGUUGGACGAAGAAUUUGUACAAUAUCGAUUAGCAAAGGCUUCUGAUAUCUUUAUUAUUGAUGAUACCAUGGGCCAACAAAUCUUUUCUCCCUUGUCUGCACCUAUGGAACCUCUACUGGAAGAUUUUUAUGCUAGUCUAGGGAGUAAAAUGUUAUCCAGCCAAAUUAGAGAAGCUUAUUCCUAUGCCAGCAACAUUGGCAUCACUCCCAAGACAAAGCAAAUUACUGAGAUGGUGUUUGAACGUACACCUAUCAUUAUCUAUCAAAUGAUGAACGACAAUCCUCAACGACGCAAAGAGCUCUUGCGGGAUGAUAAAUACGUCAAACAAAACCUCAAAGUGACUCAAGUCAAAGACCUCAGAAUUACGCGUACAUUCAAAUACACAAACGAGAAAAACGUCCAGCCCACCACAUCUUGUGCUGACCGCAACAACUUUGUGAUCUACAUAUCGAAUUCAAACGACAUUGAUUACUAUGAUAUUGCUAAUUCACUCUGUAGUUUGAUAUUUGCCCGUGUGCGGUUUAAUGAUGCAAUUGUAGUUGAGCGCUAUUUGACAGCUAGUCUUUAUAACCUGCGCCGCAAAGGCGUCCCUGUAGAUCGUAUUUUGAACAUUCGUAAACAAGAACAAAAGCAACAAGCAACUCAAUUGAAAUCAACAUCUCCUGUCUCUUCGCCUAUCAUGCCAAAGCCAUUAUCGCCUAAAGAAAUAGACACAUUUACAAAGCAAGUAAAAGAAGUGUUUGGUGAUUGUCAAGAAGGCUAUAUUCGACAAUUGCUUGCUCAACAACACGAAAACCAUGUACAAAAUGUGAUAUCGCAUUUACUUGCAGGCAACUAUCCUAAAGUAAAGACAGAUGCUGAAAAUGAAGCAGUGGCAGCCCUGCUGAGAGAACAAGAACAAGCUAAGCGAUCUUCUGGUUUUAUGAACCGAUUGUUUUCUAAUUGGAAGAACCCACAACCAACACCAUCACCACCACCUCAAUUACCUGCCAAAGAUGAUAUACCAGAACCUACCAAAGAAGUAGACAAGAAGCCUAAAUUGCCCAAGUCAGACACAACCAUCACACCUAAUUUUUCAGCCAAUAUUCGACAAAACCUUAAGCGAGCCAUUCAUUCCUGCAAACCCUAUGCCGGUCAAGACGUUUACACGCCUCCUCGUAUUAACCAAGUAAAUGAAUCCACGAAUUAUUGUGAUGCUACACCAGGUCAAAACCUGACGUAUGUAGGCAAUGUGAUGGGCAUUGAAUUCUAUGUCCAUCGAACAGUCCAAGCAGAUGAUGUGUUACAACAAUACGGCCAAGCCAUGGCUCGAUUCAAGCAGAUCCUAACACAACUAUCUCAGGUAUUUGAUUUGCCACUCAAGACAAUACAGAUCUUUUAUGAUCCUGAAGGACCCACUAUUGCUUUUAAUUUAAGUGGUAGUUUGUUUAUGAAUUUGCGGUACUUUUUAGCUCUGCAUGACUAUACAAACCAGACUGAAGAAGCGAGUAGACGCAAAGAAGCAUUGAUCUAUUGGUUCAUGACACUCUGUCAUGAAUUGGCUCAUAAUUUUGUCUCUGCACAUAAUUCUGAACACGAAUUCUACAUGUCUUCUUUUGCAGAAAAUUAUCUCGAGUCUCUCAUGAAUCAUAUCUAUGCCACACCAAAAGAACCCUCUACAUCCUCUUUGAUUGAUACGUAACAUAAAAAAAAUAAAACCGUUG